AUGAUGAUGAUGAUGAUGAUGAUGAUGAUGAUGAUGAUGAUGAUGAUCGAUGAUGAUGAUGAUGAUGAUGAUGAUGAUGAUGAUGAUGAUGAUGAUGAUGCUGAGGAUGAUGAUGGUGAGGAUGAUGAUGAUGAUGGUGGUGUUGAUUAUAUUUAUGAUAAUACUGAGGUUGAUGAUGAUGAUGAUGAUGAUGAUGAUGAUGAUGAUGCUGACGGUGACGUCAGUAAUAAUAAUAGUAGUAAUAUUAGUCGUAAUAUUAGCAGUAUAUGUUGA